AUGGUGUUAGUAGGCUACUCUGACUCCGAAGGCUCAGACGCCGAGACAAAUACUACACCCGCACCCCAGAUUAGCAAGACCAAAACGGUCGGCUCCAAAACUGGGUUUCAAAUCGACCGCAGCAACUCGGGUAAGAUCCGUGUCGCGAUUCCAGAAAUCAAAUCUGAGCACCCAUCCGGCGAAGAGACUGAAGAUGGCCCGCGUAAAAAAGCUCGGUUGGGUGGAGGAGGAGGCCUUUCGGGAUUCAACGCGUUCCUUCCAGCGCCGAAACGAACACUUGAAACGAAAGCACCAGUGGCGACAACACGAAAGGUGUUUAGUCUCAAAACAGGAGCGGGCCCUGGGUUUGAUCGCACAGCUGAUGCGGAGAUGAAGAACGAUAACGCAUUUGAAGAUCUAGCGGGAGAGGCGGAGGGCACCACAUCUACACCUGGCAGCUCAAAAGCCGAUACUGGAUCAAAUGCCUUGGUGAAGACUAGAGAAACCCCAGCGGAGAUCAAAUUACAAGGGAAUCCAAUGAUGUUCAGACCUUUAUCCGUCGGCCGGCCUCAAAAGAAGAGGAAGACCGCCAAGAUCACCGAGCAACCAACACCUUCCUCAUCGACAGCGCCAAAGCCUGCUCAACCUCUAAAGCAAGCCCUUACCCCUGUCCCUGCAGCUGCAGCUGCAGCUGCAGCUCCACCACCAAAGCCCAAAAUCAGUCUCUUCUCUCUAUCUACGGACGAGGUCACUUUCCAGCCAGCCCCGGCACCUGGGCCAUCGGGAACCUAUCAGCCGCUGGUAUACAACGCCGAAGGCGAAGAAGUAUCAGAAGCUGAUCCAGUACUCGCCGAACCCGUACCUAUCGCCAUGGAGCGUUCAACUGCAGCAGUAUCAACCAACCCAACAUCAUCCUUGGACCGCAUUGCCAACGAUCUGAACUUGUCCAAGGCCGACCGACGUCAGCUCUUCGGUCGGAAUGUCAUGCCAUCGCAGUCACAGGUGCGUACCUUCAACACAGACGAGGAGUACGCGUCAAACCAGAUUUUGGCACAAGGCGAGCUGGCCGGAGCACAGCACAACCCUGUGCGCGCUAUUGCGCCGGGCAAGCAUACCCUCCAGCAAUUGCUCAACGUUGCAAGCUCACAGAAGGAGGCAUUGGAGGAAAGCUUUGCAACGGGUCGGAGAAACAAGAAGGAAGCUGGAUCCAAGUACGGAUGGUAG